AUGGGGCACCUCUCAGUGUCUCCCUGCACACUGCACAUCACCUGGAACGAGCUCCUACUCACAGCAUCACUUUUCAUCUUCUGGAACCUGCCUACCAUGGCCCAAGUCAUGAUUGAAGAUCAGCCAACCGAAGUUUCUGAGGGGAAGGAUGUUCUUCUACUUGUCCACAAUUUGCCCCAGAAUCCUACUGGCUACAUCUGGUACAAAGGGCAAAUAACGGAUAUCCACAAUUACAUUACAUCAUAUGUAAUAGACGCUGAAAUGAUUAUAUUUGGGCCUGCAUACAGUGGACGAGAAACAGUAUAUUCCAAUGCAUCCCUGCUGAUCCAGAAUGUCACCCAGAAGGACACAGGAUCCUACAACAUACAAAUCACAAAGCGAGGUGAUAGCACUAAAGGAGUAACUGAAUGUUUCACCUUAUACCUGGAGACUCCCAAGCCCUCCAUCUCCAGCAGCAACUUAAACCCCAGGGAGGCCACGGAGACUGUGAUCUUAUCCUGUGAUCCUGACACUCAGAACGCAAGCUACCUGUGGUGGAUAAAUGGUCAGAGCCUCCCUAUCAGUCCCUCAUUGCAGCUGUCCGAAAACAACAGGACCCUCAUUCUAUUUGGUGUCACAAAGUAUACUGCAGGACCCUAUGAAUGUGAAGUGAAGAGCCCAGUGAGUUCCAGCCGCAGUGACCCAGUCACCCUGAAUCUCAUCUAUGGUUUGGAUACCCCCACCAUGUCUUCUUCAUACACCUAUUACCAUACAGGGGAAGACCCCAAACUAUCCUGCCUCACAGAUUCUCACCCACUGGCACAGCUUUCUUGCCUGAUUGAUGGGAAGUUCCAGCAAUCAGCACAAGUGUUCUUUAUGCCCCAAAUCACUAAAACAUAUAGAGGGGUCUAUGUCUGUUUCAUGCAUAACUCAGCCACUAGUGGAAUGAAUGUCAUACUCAAGAGGAUCAUAGUCCCUG